AGUAUCGUUGCUUUUAGUAUCAUAUCAUGAACAAGAUAAUUCUAUUAAUGUCAAUUCUUCCCAAACGCCUUUAAAGAGAGAUUCUCCUUAAAUGGGGUAAGAGAUACCACAAUAAAAACGUCUACUCCUACGGAGUGUAAGUAAUAAGUAUGCAUGUCGAGUUGUCGACUCAUUCAGCUUCAAUUACCACCACCUUCAUCUGACCACCAAGCUGAACCGUACCCAAUCAUCAUGUAUGGGAAUAAGUGAAUAACGUGAUUAGUCUCUCUUUUCACGAGUGCAUACAUAGAACUCUGGACGUCCAUUAUACACUCGAGUGUACAACAGGAUACAUGUACAUUCUGAAAUUUGACUAGGAUCCGAACCCUUUUUGACCUAAUGAGACUCGUAAAAAACAUGGCCCACAAAUCCGAAGUACACAAAAAAUCGGCCCAGAAAAGCUGAUACAUCCAAACUCCCAAUUCUUAAGGGCUCCACUAAAAACCUUUUAUUCUGUUACCUGAUAAAGUAUAAUCAGAUUCUGGUUCAGACUUCAGACAGACAGAAGUCAGAUGCAAACAAACAGAGGAGAGAGAAAACAGAAACAGAAGAAAGAGCUGAUAAAUGGAUUCUCCUCAAUUAGCAGCUCUACUCUCUUCUCUAAUCUCUCAACUCACCCUCUUAAUCCUUCUCCUUUACCCUUCUUCUCCCAUUCCCUCUAUUCCCGAUUCCAAUUCCAAUUCCAAUUCCUCUAAUUUCCAAACAAUUUUCUCUCUCCUCCACCACUUCCUCUCCUCCUCCGAAAUCGCCGCUUCCCUUUCCCUCCGUCGCAAACGGAGGCGAACCCAUUUCUCGGAUCCCGAUUCCGACCCGGAAUCCCUUUCCGGGUCAUCCAAACUCGCCCGACUCGCCCGAGUCGACUCAGCCCCUGACUCGUUCCGGGUCUUCUUCAAAAUGGCGCCAUCAACCUUCGAGUGGCUUUCCGGGUUGCUCGAGCCACUCCUCGAAUGCCGAGAUCCAAUUGGAUUGACUAUAAACCUCUCAGCCGAGCUACGCCUCGGUAUCGGGUUAUACCGAUUGUCAACCGGGUCGGACUAUUCGGAGAUUGCGACCCGGUUUCGGGUCACUGACCAAGUUGCCAAAUUCUGCUCUAAACAACUUUGCAGGGUAUUGUGUACAAAUUUCAGAUUUUGGGUUGGAUUCCCUAACUCGGUCGAGUUGAACUCAGUGUCCCAAAACUUUAAGGACAUUACAGGGUUACCCAAUUGUUGUGGUGUGAUCAGUUGUACAAGGUUUAAUCUCAGUACACAAGAGAGUAUAGCGGCUCAAAUCGUUGUCGAUUCGUCGAGUCGAAUUCUGAGCAUUGUAGCUGGAUUUCAUGGUCAUAACAGCAACACAAAGGUACUAAAAUCAACUACAUUAUACAAGGAUAUACAAGAAGGGAAAAUACUGAACUCAACCCCUGUUUAUUUAGGUGGGGUGGAAAUACCUCAAUAUUUGGUUGCAACAAAUAAUGAGUACCCUUUACUACCUUGGCUAAUAAUCCCAUAUGAUGACCCUGUACCUGGAUCAAAUGAGGAGAGGUUCAAUGCUGCCCUUCGAAUACCGCGAAUUUCGAUGCUUAAAACGGUUGCUAGUUUGAGGAAUUGGGGUAUAUUGAGCAAGCCUAUUGAGGAGGAUUUUAGGAGUGGUGUUGCAUAUAUUGGUGCUUGUGCUAUUCUUCAUAAUGCUUUGCUAAUAAGGGGGGAUUAUUCAGGAUUAUGUGAUGAUUUAGUGGAUUAUACUGUUAAUGAUCAUGGGUUAGUACAAAGGAAUGGCUCUAAAACGGAGGAGAUUACUGUUGAUGGAUGUCUAAUCAGAAGUGCAUUGGCAACAAAACAGUGAGAAAUGAUUCAAUAUGGACAGAUUUUUCAUAGGAUUUUUUUUUGAUUGAUUUUUUCAUCACUUGAUAAUACAAAUUUUUCAUUGAGUGAAAAUUGUUAUUUAUUUUCCUUUUUUUGUUUUUUUCUUGAAUUUUAGUUAAUUAGAUGAUGAUUUUUGCCGUUCAAUUAAUCUGUUUGCGAUACGGAAGAUUGUACCAUCUAACCUUGAGGUUGGGUGUUCAAUCUCUACUAGAGGCACUUUGAGUCUUUGAGGAUGGGAAUCUCUUACCCUUCCUCCCUCACUCUCAAAGUGUACCGUGAGGGUUUGAGGUUCGAUAAUGUCCUCUUUAUGAAAAAAAAAAAAAAAGAAAGAAAGAUACGUAAUUUAGUAGGUUUUAGGUCAGAUGAUCUUACUUACUAUACGGCUUUUGAGUGCUUAGUCAUGAAAUAAUGAUAUUUUAAUGUUUCUACUAUAGGAAGAUACUUAAAUUAAUGGACAUAUGAAUCACCCCUUUAAAGGGUUCCUAAUCUCAUUUCAAUGGACCAUCUUACCUUAAAAAAAAAAAAAAAAAACGGUUUAAAGAUAUGAUAUGAAACUUUAUUGUAUGGAUUUUAAUCAUAAUGCUGGGUAUCUGAAUCAAUUCCUCCCUAAGCAGCUACUUGAUUGGGCUGUUGGAAAAAGUUAAGAUAAAGAUAUCUUAAAUAUACCUUUCCAAAGCUAUAGUCUAGCACUGAGUUAAUAUUAUAAUUAUGGUGUGUUUUAGUCAAAGGAAUGAAAUCACUAUUAAUAAUAAUUAAUUAGUGAAAAAAUGAAUGUAGGAAAGCACAAAGCACCCUAUGACCCUUCAGAACAGAGAGGACCAGAAUUAGGAGGAGAGGU